CUCACUUGUUAGUGCCAGUGUUCACCAGGCGAGCACACAGUCAGCUUCAACUUAACAGCAAGAGCAGAGCAUAUCAGGUUUCUACAGGACCUUAAGAGUCACACGCCCCUCACUGAAUUACUGGAGAUCAGAGCAGCGCGACUGUCCUUUUAUGUCUGACCAAGGCAGACGCAUCAAGACAGAGCUCGUGCGAUGAAGUGAUCGCUCUGUUUGUCCAUCCGAGUCUUUUCCCAUCAGUAGACAUGGGAUUUUGUGUGAGCGUGAGGGCUUGGAAGUGGCAGGGCAGCGCUGGAGCGUUCAGGGCCGUGGUGGUAGUGCUGCUGCUGGGACUCAGCCUGGCCCAGUCUGUCCCUCCACAGACUGGGCCAGUCUGUCCUGCGGCUGCGGCCCCACAGAGCCUCACCCAGCCCAAGUACCAGCACACAGCGGAGGAGGACCCCAGUGUGGGCUUCAUGGCAGCUCUGGUCCAGUCCUUCCUCCACACGGUCCAGCCGAACCCCUUUCCUAAAGAUCUGAUCCUGCAAAUAGCCCGGGAUUCUGAGGCAGUGUUAAUUCAAGAAUCCCUCAAAGAAUACCUGGUGUAUGAAGUGGGGUUCCUGGUGUGUGCAGCCAUUGGCGUCCUGUACAUUGUUCUGAUGCCCAUAGUUGGCUUCUUCUUGGCGUGCUGUCGCUGCUGUGGUAACUGUGGUGGGAAGAUGUACCAGAAACAGACCUCCUCCAUUCACUGUCGCAGAAGAACUCUCUACUGGACUGCAUUCGUCACCACAGUCAUUAUCCUUGCUGGGAACAUAUGCAUGUUCAAAAGUAACGAAGUCGUCAAAGUGAGUGUGGACCAGAGUCAAGUGGAGAUCAACAAAACUAUAGACAACAUCCACUCCUUCCUCACUGCUGUGCCUCAGCAAGUCCACUAUGUGGUGAAUGAAAGCUACAGAACCGUACAGGAGGUGACCAGAAACCUAGAUGCCAUUGGACCUCAGUUGGGAACAGAGAUCAAGGAGCGGUUCAGAGGAACCCUGGAUCCAGCGCUGAGCUCGGUUAAACUGCUGGAUCAAGAGACUGAAAACACCGAUCUUAAACUGAAAAAGCUGAACUCAUCUUUGGCCCAGCUGCAGUCCAGCGUUGACCGCCUCCAGGCCAACCUCACUGCAGUUAAAAAUCAAAUCAAUAACACUUUAUCCAGCCCAAACUGCAUCGGCUGUAACAACCUGAAGCCUGAGCUACAGAAACUAACAUUGGACACCUCCAUCACAAUUCCCAGCUUAAAUGAUUUCCAGUCUGCAGUGGAUGAAAUCAAGAAAACUAAUCUCCAAUCCAAAAUCAAGGAGGUGGAUGACUAUUACGACAGCAUUCCCGAGAGGGUGACCAAUGACACCAAGGAUUUAGUUCAAAGCAGCAAGCAGCUGUUAGGUGACAUACAAACACAGAUCUCUCAGGUAACCAAUGACAUCCCUUUAUCUGAUCUGGCCAGUGUGUCGGAAACGCUGAACCAGCUGCAGAGAGAAAUUGUCAGUAUCACACCGGAGAUCGAGAGAGCCGAGCAUAUUAGAUGGGGAGUGUGUGUGGUCCUGUGCUGCGUGGUCCUCCUGGUGGUGCUGUGUAACUUCCUGGGUCUGGUCCUGGGCCCUCUGGGUCUGACACCCAACGUAGACCCCACGAAGCGCUCCUGCACGGCGGAUUGUGGAGGCACAUUCCUCAUGAUGGGUGCAGGUUUCAGCUUCCUUUUCUCAUGGCUGUUGAUGAUAGCUGUGCUGCUGCUGUUCCUGCUGGGCGGGAACGUUUUCACUCUGCUAUGUCGGCCCUGGAAUGAUGGACAACUGCUAAAGCUAAUUGACACUCCAGGAUUAAUUCCAGGUUUGGAUAUAGGUCAAUCUUUGGGAUUGAAAACCAACAUCAAUAUCUCUGAUAUCUAUAGAGACUGUGAGAAAAACAAGCCUCUGUGGACAACACUCCACCUGUAUGAGCUCAUAAACCUUGAAGACCUGCUCAAUGUAACUAAAUACACAGAGGAGAUCCAGCAGCAAUUUGAGAACAUAGACAUCACUCUGUCCACCAUCACUAUCCUGAGCCCUGAAGUUAAAAACCAGCUGAGAAGCUUCUCCAACAAGUCUAUAAAUAUUGACUCCAAUGCUGUCAUGCAGCAGAUGAACAACAUUUCCAGCAUCAAUCUGAAUACAACAGCAGAUAAACUUGAUGGGCUCGCUGCCAAUCUAGCGGACAGUGAUACUCGAGAAGAGCUCCAAAAUGAGGCCAGGGACCUGAGGCAGAUCCAGACCGACAUAGAAACAAUCAUCAUCCCACAACUUGAAAACCUGAACUCAACCAUCAAGAGCCUUGAAUCCACAGCAGAAAAAAUCAAUGGAACAGUAGAGGAGGUGCUGAGCAACGUGGGAGCAGCACAAGACUUCCUCAACACAAAUACGACACAGAUUGUCAAGACUGAGAGCAAAAAGUUUUUGGACUGUCAGCUGGAUUACUUCAUUAAUUAUGCUGACUGGGCCAAUGAUACGAUCACACAGCAGGUGGGCCGCUGUGGGCCGGUGGCGGGAGCCGUGGACUCCGUUGAGAUUAUCCUCUGCUCAUACAUAGUGGAGUCUCUGAAUGCGUUCUGGUUCAGUCUGGGCUGGUGCAUAAUCUUCUUCAUCCCCAGCAUUAUCCUUUCUAUGAAACUAGCCAAGUACUACAGGAUAAUGAAGUAUUCUGAUGUCUUUGAUGACCAGUUAAUUAUGAGCAGUAUCCCGCGGGCCCAGAUGAAAUUCACCUGAGAGGACGGCGUAUGUGGGUUACAGCUUUAAAGGACUCUGGCAUCGCUAGACAAGAUAGAGACACAUGGUUCACUCCUGUACAGAUGUGGCACAUUGUCACUGUAGUGAAAAGUCGCAAACUAAAAAAGAAAUAAGGUUACCUACUUAUAUCUUUUUUUAAUUCCAAUUUUUAUCAGAAGCAAAAAUGACUGAAGUAGUCAUACAUACUGUAAAUGUCAAACAUCACACACAGCAUCUUUAAAUUGACCUCAGGGCCACACAGGGCAUAAGGGAAUCGGCAGGGAACUUUUUUCAUAAUGUUAAAUAAACAUCUUAAAGAGACUUAUUGUAUGACAUGAAUGUUUUGUAAGUAUUUAAUAUAUGAACUGAGCUUCUGCUGGAUUCUGAGAUUAAAGGCUGAAUAUAUAUUUCAAACUGUAAAGCAGAUUUUUGCGAUUUAAUCACAUUUCACAUUUAUAUACAGUGAUGUUUGUGUGCAGUGUUCUCAGACAAUGCAGCAGUGUGUUACUGUGCCAACGGGCUUUUUAUAAUGUGUCUUCCUCUUUCUGUUCACUGCCAUGGUUCGGCAACCUAAUUCCAAUGGGAAACCCUUUUUAAAUUUAAUUGUUAAUCACAUUUGCACUACUAUUGUUCAUUUUUCUAAAUUUAAGCACACAUUUUUGUAUGAAUCAUGAAAUGAAUAAACUUUUUGUGGGACUGGUGUUACUGAUACAUUCGGUUGCAAAGUUUCCUUUUUUUUUACUUGCAAAUCUGUUUUUGUACAUUUUUGACUGAUGUGAUUCAUGAUUCAAUUAUGAUGUUUUUUGUACUUUGUACUGCUUUGUCCACGGUAGUAGAUUGUGUUUUAUAUUUCUGUUACACAGCACUUUAUAUGGUUAUAUGGUUAAUGUGAUUCAGCUGUUGUGAAAACUACUGUAAGUAAAUUGCCACAAACAAGUCUGCUGUGCAUUUUUUUACCUUUUAACCGUAACAUGAAUGGAAUCUCAGAGAUCAAUCGGUCUAUUUUCCACACAAACCAUGAAAGUGCUUUUCACAGUGCACAUUUGUUGCCCAGUAUAUCCCUUUGGAUCGAACAUGAACCUUCAUCACACUGCAACUGUUCAGAAUCUAAGUUUAACAAACUGCUCCGGUAACAAAUACAGUCUGCAGUCCUACAAACAGUUAGAAGCAGGUUAUCAUUUACUAGAAUAGACAUUGAUGGUUGGUCUUUGUGUUUAUGAUUACAGUCAUGCUUCUCUGGUAUCUCAACAGUCAUGCAAACAGAUCAACUUUAAAUUCCUAACUCAUGUGACACUGUGUAGAUUAACAUAUGAGAAGAGGAAUUUUGUUGUGAGCUGGUUGAAAUCCAAGAUAUAAACAUUUAACUUUUUUUCUUCAAUAUAACAUGAAUCUGGCCUCCCUGUGUUGAUUAUUAAUUGUCAAAUACUAACAGACAUUCUAUGUUGUAAAGUACCUUUUUCAGCACAGGACAUUUUGAUGCACCUGGACAGAAUAUUUGGAAAAACUCUCAUUGAAGAUAAUGCACAGCAACAGUAAACAUGUUUAUUUGAGCAAUCAUCUUCUAAAUCAAAUUAAAUCAGGUUUUCAAAAAUGUAAUCCAAUUUCAAGAGUACAGCCAUGCUAGCUUUUCUAUUAGGCGAUUGCAGCAACACAAACUGGUUGUUUGGAUAAAUGAUGAAUUCAACCCUUCUGUGAUGGUCUUGGGUUUUGUUUAGUCUGCUGACUUAGAAGUUUGCUGUCUCAUGUGUCCUGUGUCAGGUUUUACUGCCGUGCCUUUGUAUGUAUUCUUGCCUUUGUUGAUUGUCUGCCCCGUCCCUGAUUAGUUUCACCUGUUUCUUGUUAGCCCUGCAGUCACCUGUUCCCACUUCCCCAUUUGUAAGUCCCUAUUUAUAACUCUGUCGCUUUGUUCUUUGUCUGUUCAUC